GAAUCUGGUCUUCUGAGGACGCGCGGGGGCUUUGGCUUCUGGAACACAUGGGGCUGAGUCCAUGCUGACAGUGCGGGGGCUUCGGGACAACACAGGGUCGAGUCCACGCUAAUGGGAGCCAAGUCUCCUCAGGAGUUGCUGAGGCUUCGGCUUUGGGACGUUGUGGAGUCCAGUUCACGCUGACGGGAGCCCCGUCUCCUCAGGACCGGCUGGGCGGUGAUGCAGCUGACGGAAAAGAAAGAUAUCAAGAAACCAUGAACAACUUUAGUAAUGAAGAGUUUGACUGCAAUUUCUUGGAUGAAGGCUUCACUGCCAAGGACAUCCGGGACCAAAAUGAAGUUUCUUCUUUUGACGGUAAGGAUACCUUCUAUGUUGCAGACCUGGGAGGCAUUCUAAAGAAACAUCUGAGACGGUUUAAAGCUCUUCCUCGGGUCACCCCCUUUUAUGUAGUCAAAUGCAGUGAUAGCAGAACCAUAGUGAAGACCCUAGCUGCCACAGGGACAGGAUUUGACUAUGCCAGCAAGACUGAAAUCCAGUUGGUGCAGAGUUUCGGGGUGCCUCCAAAGAGGAUUAUCUAUGCAAAUCCUUGUGAACAAGUGUCUCAGAUUAAAUACGCUGCCAAUAAUGGACCCGAGAUGAUGACUUUUGAUAGUGAAGUUGAGUUGAUGAAAGUUGCCAGGGCACAUCCAAAGGCCAAGUUGGUUUUGCAGAUUGCCACUGAUGAUUCCAAAGCAGUCUGUCGCCUCAGUGUCAAAUUUGAUGCCACACUCAAAACCAGCAGGCUUCUUUUGGAAUGGGCGAAAGAGCUAGAUAUUGAUGUCAUUGGUGUCAGCUUCCACGUGGGAGGUGGUUGUACUGAUCUGGAGAUCUUCGUGAAGGCCAUCUCUGAUGCCCACUGUGUCUUUGACAUGGGAGCUGAGGUUGGUUUUGACAUGUAUCUGCUUGAUAUUCGUGGUGGCUUUCCUGAAUCUGAGGAUGUAAAGCUUAAAUUUGAAGAGAUCAUCAGUGUAAUCAACCCAGCAUUGGACAAGUAUUUUCCAUCAGACUCUGGAGUGAGAAUCAUAGCUGAGCCGGGCAAAUACUACGUUGAAUCAGCUUUCAUGCUAGCAGGUAAUAUCAUUGCCAAAAAACUCGUAUUAAAGGAACAAACAGGCUCUGAUGAUGAAGAUGAGUCAAGUGAACAGACAUUUAUGUAUUAUGUGAAUGAUGGAGUAUAUGGAUCAUUCAACUGCAUCCUCUACAAAAAUGCACACGUGAAGCCUCUUCUGCAGAAGAGACCCAAACCAGAUGAGAAGUAUUCAUCCAGCAUCUCGGGACAGACCUGUGAUGGCCUGGAUUGCCUGGUUGAGCACUGUAACUUGCCCGAGAUGCAUGUGGGCAAUUGGAUGCUCUUUGAGAACAUGGGUGCUUACACUGUCGCUGCUGCUUCCACUUUCAGUGGAUUCCAGAGACCGACCAUCUACUAUGUGAUGUCAGGGCCAACAUGGCAUCUGAUGCAGCAAAUCCAGAACCACGAUUUCCCACCCAGCAUAGAGGAGCAAGAUGUUGGCACUGUGCCUGUGUCAUGUGCUUGGGAGAGUGGAAUGAAAUGGCACCCAGCAGCCUGUGCUUCAGCUCCUAUUAAUUUGUAGAUACUAUUCCUGUAGCUGUUAACUGCAAGUUUAGCUUGAUUUAAGGGUUUGGGGGGGACCAUUUAACUUAAUUACUGUGAGUUUUGAGAUGUCUAUGUGAAUAGGGUUGGCACAGAUGCAACAGUGUGGAAGACUAGGCGAUGGGGUCACACUUAUCUGUGUUCCUAUGGAAACUAUUUGAAUAUUUGUUUUAUAUGGAUUUUUAUUCACUUUUCAA